CACUGUUUUUGAAAUUUUAAAUCUCAUAAUUAGGGUUGAAUAUAGAUUUUCAAGCUAUUGUGAGGUUUUCGACAUCGGAACUACAUCUUCUAGAAAAACUUAUAGGUGCACCUUACUUAUAUAGUAGAAGGUCGCAACCUUGUUCUAUACAAGUAAGGAGCGCAUCUAAAUUUUACCAGAGGAUGUAGUUCGGGGGUCGGGAACCUUACAAUGACUUAAAAAUAUAUGUUUAGCCCUAUUUAUGAAAUUUAAAAUUCUAAAAAUGGUGCAGAUCGAGCAAAUCUAGAAACACUUGAAUAGAUGACCCGAAUAACUUUUUACAAGAUGCAUUAUUUUUAGGGCUUAAAAUUGUUAUUUUUCUUUGCGUCCAUACAUCUCGAGGUCAAGAUGAUCAAUUGGAAGGUUUUCCAACUCUGGAACACCUUUAUCUACUAGAUUUUUUAGGGGCACCUUACUUCUAUAGCAUAGGCAACCUUAUAGAAACUUUUUCCUUUUAAAAUCUAGAGAAAUUUCAUAAAUAUCCUUUUUAUUAACCAUAAUUGCAAAAUUCCCUUACAACUAAUGUUUUACAAAUCUCGCAUUCAUCCCCAUUUUCUCCAUUUUUGAAUUCGCUUCCUAAAAUACCCUAGCUUCGGACUAUGAUAAUCCAAACUCCAAAGUAUUCAAAGUGGCCUUCCUUCAAAAGAAAAACUUCUGAUUUUUAGAACCCUGAGUUGUUUGUGUAUUGUCGUUCAACAAACAAACCUCAAAUAUAGAAAAUCCAACGUUGUUUUUGUAUUGUCGAACUCUUUUUUUGUAUCAUCUUUCAACCAAAAAUUUGGAAUUUGAAUAUCCAAUGUUGUUCCUUGAUAAAAAAAGAAAACUUUGCAUUGUGAAAAUCCGAAGUUUUUGUUCUUUAGAGGUUCCUAGUAUUUUUGGCCCUAGAAGGUACCUUAAGGGACUUUGAUAAAGUUCGGAUCUUCAAAAUCCAAAUUAUAGGCAUUUUUGUUAUUUUAGGAAAAUGGCAAACAAAUCUGGUAUGAGUAUAACAACGUUAAAAAAGUGAACUUUUUAAAAUAAUGGUACUUUUAGAGGUAUGUACACGUUAAUUACUAUAAAAUCCAUGAUUUUAUGGGGCGCUGCACAUGUAAAUGUGAGUUGUACGAUCGUAGAAACCCUCUCCAUAUUAAAAAGGGACAUAGUAGAUAUGCACCCUCUCUCCAAUGAUUCAUUUUUUUGAUGGAUUUUGGACUAAUUUUUUAGGAAUAUAUGAUGGAAAACUUUCAUAUAAGGUUGCAACCUUAUUCUAUGGAAGUAAGGUGCAGUUAAAAAAUCUAGAAUAAAAAAACCUUCCAAGUGUAUAUAGAUAUAAAGAAAAAAAAGAAAAGAAAUUCUAAGUCCUAAAAAUAGUGCAUCUUGUAACAAGUCAUGGACUGUCUAUUUUCAAGAUUUUCAAGUGCUUAUAGACCUGCUCAAUAUGCACUGUUUUUAGAAUUUUAAAUUUCAUAAUUAGAGUUGAACAUAGAUUUUCAAGCCAUCAUAAGAAUUCCGACAGCCAAACUACAUCAUUUGGCAAAAUUUAUAGAUGUGCCUUACUUGUAUAGUAUAAGAUGGGAGGCUUAUACAAACCUUUUCCGUAUAUAAUCUCUACCUUGGGGAUCAUUAAUAUGUAAUAAAUAAAUAAAAUUUAGAAAUUAAAAAUAAUAUUUUUGAAAAUAUUUUAGACGAUCAAUAUUAUUUUUUUGUGAGACGACAUCUUUUUACCUCCAUCCUCAUGAUGGAUGUUUGAUGUGUCACUCAAGGAACAAUAAUGUAGGAUUGCAUCCUCCGGCAGACAACACGCUUUCCACUAAAAAGGAUCAAUAUUCUUCUCUUGCAAUAUAGAGAAAAAGGAGACUAGAAGCACUUCUUUUUGCCAAAAGACAACAUUUAGUAAUUGUACGUAUAUAAAAGGUCCGAUUUACUUCUUCGACCAGGCUUUUUGGAACCCUAUUUUAUCACUCAACUCCUCUAUCCCUCCAAGCUGCUCAUAUUGACACCUUGUUUUCUUUGCUGCUAAGAUUCGGUCCGAUCACCAUUUUCUUGUCUUUGCACCACAGUUUGUGCCCCUUUGAUGAUUGAAGAUACUCAGUUGUUUUAGUUUUCCUCUUUAAUCUUGAUGCCAUUUUAUUUAUUUUAUUCUUUUUGAACAAAAUUCUAGCCCGAUGUGCAGUUAAUUCUAAUUUUAUGUGAAUUCAGGAGAAUAAAAAUUGGUCAGAAAUUCUUAACUUUAGCAUUUUGAUAAAUUUAGGAAUUGGAUGAAUGUUUAUAUGUAGGGUGAAUAUCUCAUAUUUUCUUUUUGAUUUUUUUAAUGUUAAAUCAUUGUCUGAUGAGUCAUUUUUUUGAGACUGUUAACUGUUGUUUGAUGAGUAUUGUUCUGAUGAAGAGUGGUGUUUGCUUUAUUUUUAGUUAGGGUUUGCAUUCAAGAGAAAGAAUUACGAUUUUCUUUAUUUGAAUAAAAAUUAGGGAGAUUUUCUUUUAGUUAGGGUUUGCAUUCUAGAGAAAGAAUUAGGGUUUUCUUUAUUUGAAUAAAAAUUAAGAUUUUUUCUUCUUUCUUAUCAGUUUUCUCUUUAAAUAAAUUCCGUCUGAUCACUCUGUUUGCUUUAUUUUUUAUUGUUUUGAAUUUUAAUUUCCUAUAGACAGUGAAAGUAGCGAUUCUUUCUAUGUAAUUCGAUGCAAAUAACUGUUGAAUUUUGGGUCUUCUAUAUAUGUUGGAUUGUAGCUGUACUUUGACAAUGAUUCCCGAGAAUACAUAGGGUUUAAUCCUUUGCAUUAGGUUGAAUUGAUUUUACGAACUAAUAUCCAGUUGUUGUUUCCAAAAUUCGUGUUUCAAAUUCAAAUAGAUGGUAGGGAUAUUGUAAAUAAUCUAAGGCAUCAGUAACUAUUUCAAAACUUCAUCAGUUAAUGGUUUCUAUUUGUGUUUUUGAGUUGUAGCGCUAGUAAUAAUUUUAUCUAGAUUAAUCAUGAUAUUGAGUUACUUUAAGCUUGCAUUGUAUAUUUAGUUCUCCAUGGCCAUAUGUAAUGCCUCUGUCGAAGUAUUUAGGCGUCUUUUGUUUUGAUGUUAAAUACUGAUGAAGUCUCCAUUCUAGUGUUUCCUCAAAAUGCUAUUAUUUUGAAUUAUGUUCUGAAAAUUGAGAUGUAUAUGAUAUCAUUUGUAUAGUAUGCGUUGAGUUUUAGUUGGAACAUAGGCAACAAGGCCCAUGUCCCACCUAAUCUAGCCAAAAUGUUAUUCUGAAAUCCUAAUAGGGCAGAUAUUCACAUAAUAAAAUUUCUUGUUAAUGUAUGCAAGGAAUAGAAAAUAGUUUAUGCUUCUCUAUGUUAUCUGAACGUGGAAAUUUAUCCAGAAAAAUACAAUGAAUUUUAGGUCGAUAUGUUCUUUCUUCUUUAGGACUGAUGCCUUGUAGUUUAUAAUUUAGACCAUUAUUCACCAGAAAAGAGAAAUAUCAUGUACCUUAUGUUUGUCAAGUAUAACAGUGUAAUAUGUGCUUUAUUUAAAAUUUGCUCUUAAGAUUUAUUUAUGAACAUCGAUUGUUGAUAUUGUUGCUUUGUCAUUGUAUUCUUACAUAGUCCAGUGUGGAGCAUUGCUUCAUGCCUUUUGUUUUUAUUUGGAUCCCUCUGAAAGACUUUUUGCGUUGGAACUUUCAGGUUCUAUCAUUUCCUUAUUUUGUUCCACAAUCCAUGGUGAGCUUCUUAGAAAUUUAUUGACUAUGCGGGGACACGAUCGGAUCGAUUCACAUAAGAACCACAGAGAUUACUCUAGAGAUCUCGAUGAAUACGAAGAUGAUGAAGAGGACCAAGAGGGCGAACAAAUCGAAUAUGAGGAGGCAGCUCAGGAAGAAGAGGAAGAAGAUCCUCAGAUAGCCAAGGAACAAAUGGAAUAUAUUGAUAGGAGGGAAAAGUUGAAGGAAAUGAUUCGGCAACAAAUGAAGAAGGAAACAAAUGCUGCGGUUGGCCUUUCACAAGAGAUGAAGAGAACCCUCCCUAAAGACAAUUUUGGAUCCUUCUUUGGCCCAUCUCAACCAGUUAUUGCUCGUAGAGUAAUUGAAGAAACCCGUGCAAAGCUUGAGGCAGAACAUAUGGCAGCUAAGCUUCCAAAAGCCUCAUCAGAGAAUAAAAAGGCUCUUUCCUCUACCACUUCAGAGAGAAAAUUUCGUGAACGUGAUCAGCGUCUGAAGGUUGUUAAUGAGAUGAAACUUAAAGUACAGAAGCUAAAGGAUGCAAGAGACUACUCAUUUCUAAUGUCAGGAGAUGGAGAGCUUCCUUCACCUCCAAAAGAGCUUGUCCCCCGAAAUGUUUGGGUGCCUUCUUCUGCUGCUCAAUUGAGUCAAUCGCCUCCAAGGAGAAAGCUUGAUAACAGGGAGAAGAAGAUAGUCUCUGUGAACCAACAGAGGCAAGCUAAGACUGGGCCUCCAAAAGUGGGUCCUGGUUUGAAGUCUUCCUCUUCUAACGCAAUGAAACGUCCCAGUAACAAUGCCGGAAGUGGGCCAGGUCGGCCUGUUGUUUCCAAGUUGCCGCCUCCUAAUGGUGCAAAGUUUCCUUCUUCUAGUGGUGGGAAGGUGCCUCGGCCUAAUGGUAUGAAAUUUUCACCUAAGGCUCCAGUACCAACAAAGGCUUCUUCAGCUCGAGCAGUUGAGAAGAAGAAGUUGUUUUCUGUGGUCACCGGCAACAGUGGUGGCAUACAAAAGGCGCACCUAUUGAAGAAGCCAUCAUCCACUGAAAAGCUUGUUAAGAAGGCUCCUCAAGUACUGGACAAGCCUCUUGUUAAGGUGGCACCAAAACGAUCGUCAACAUCAUCUCAACAUAAGGCAAAGCCUGCAAAGAGUAUUUCAUCACGUCCUGCACAUCAAGCGCGGCCAAAGAAGAGGCCUCUAGAUGGUUAUUCAGAUGAAGAUGAAGGUGAUGGUGGGGAUGCCCUUCAUCUCAUUAGACAGAUGUUUCGGUAUGAUCCUGGUAAAUAUAAAGAUAUUGAUGAUGAUGACAGUGACAUGGAGGUUGACUUUAGCCGUAUCCAGGCAGAAGAGAGGAGGAGCGCGAAGAUUGCGAAAGAGGAAGAUGAGAGAGAGCUGGCACUUAUCGAAGAAGAAGAGAGAAGAGAGAGGGAGAGGAAGGCCAAGCGGCUCAAACUCAAGCAUAAUCAGCGGUGACAUGGUGUGUCAUUGUAUUAUUUUUGGUUUGGUUUCAAUUUAUUAUUUAUCUAUUGGCUUCUUUUCUCAUAUCUCCACUGCCUCGAGAAUUCAUAUUCUUGGUCAGCUUUUCCAUCAAUGCGGGAAUCCCCUCCUUGAAAAAUGGAUGGGACUGUCUGUAAGUGCUGAGUGAAUAUUUGUAAUUUUAAGAUCACAUGCUGUAUGCAGCAAUAAUGAUGACAAUACGUUCAGAGCCCUCACUGUUUCUCGUUAUAUUGUAAUAUGUUAGCUUUAUGCACUCUUCCUUCCUUGAUUGCCUAAUAUAUAAGGAGAAAUGUUUAGAGA